AGGCCACGAGCAGGCCGCCGACAUGCUCCUCGACGUGGGCGCCGUGCACCUGCUCGACGUGCCGGACGCGGCGGGGGACACGCCGAUUGCGCUGGCGAUGCGGAAGAAGAACCGCUUCAUGGUCCUGAGCUUCCACAAGUGCCAGCUGCUGCAGGCCUCGCUUCGCCGCGGGCGAGGGCCAACACUCCAACCGGGGCCCACGCCCGCGCUGCGCGGGCGCUCAUCGGGAGGCCCUUCUUUUCGCGCAACCACUUCGCGAACCUGUUCGUGGGUUUCAUUUCGAAGAAGACAACGACCCACAGGCAUACAUUCCCGGAGGUUCGCGCGGACUCCUCGGAUCGGCGGCGCCCUCGACGCAGGGGGCGGCGCCGAACGCGCCACCAGGGAGCCCUCGCGCCGAUCACCGGGAUCCGCGCGCAGG